AUGAGUUCUUCUUCAGUAGAGGUGUCCUUUGACACUUCAGCUCUACUAGAUUCUCAUGCCUUGGAUGCUUCUGACUUGCUUGAGUCUGAAUUCAGUCCUAGCCCUACAAAGAGAGACAAAACAACCCUUCUGCAGCCUGGACCCUGUAUGAGUCUUUCCCUUGAAUCAACACCAGAUUUGGGAUGCCACCUGCUGUUUUCCAGUGAACUAUUUCUGAUGACUCAGCAUCUACGAGAAGGUGGCCUGGUUGCCACUUCUCCCAGAAAACACAGACAAUUGCAUGAUGGCCUCAAUCUACACGAGGAUCGCUUGCGCAACAACAAAAUCGAAAAGCUUUUGAACCAAUUAAGUGACGACACAGAGGGCGACUUCGAUAUGGAUAGUGACCUCCGGUCUCGAGCUUUUACAAGCCGAUUUCAGAAAAGGUCUCUCGAUGCGUUCGAUCUCCAUCUCGAUAAUUUUCUUCAGGAGCCAAAAAAACCAGAGCCAAGUCAGUACUAUAACGAAAAUAAGGAGAAUUUGUCUUCUCUUGCUAAGCCGUCAAAACGCAAGCUCAUAGACUCCGGUCCAAAAACACCUUUCCGUAAGCGCCGCUCCACGCCGCCAUUGCCCACGUCUACUUUGGCCAAUGGUUUAUUACCAGCUUCAAUGGUAAACACUUCAUCCAUUCCAGUAUUGUCAGGCCAAAGUUCCCUGGAGGUCCUGGUGACUUCUCCUAACAGAGUUUGUGUGCCUAGGGCCGUUCAUCUGCCCAAGCAGCCGGCUCUUAAGCACAGAAAGAACAGCAGCAUAUUCUUAGUCGACUCACUGACUGGCUCUGUGAGCGAUGCGACACAGUUUGGUACAGAAUUGAACUCGUCCAAUUGUGAAGGGUUUCCUCUUCCAGACGAUAUAAACGAGGUGGUUCAGAUUCCCACCAACACCACUGGCCCCAUGUCCUCUGCACCAAAAAUGGCAAUCAUCAAGGCCAUUUAUGGCAAGCGAUUGUGGAGCAAGGAGAUAGAUAAAUGUGAAAAGGUGGGAUUCUACUCUAAGCGUGAAUUCGAGGAGAUCAAGCUGAAGUCAAACAGUCAGAUGUCAGUGUACCACGACCGAAAAUCGGUGCGUUGGGCGGAGGAUCUUGAGUGGUAA